GCCGCCGCUACCGUCGCUUUUCCUCAAGCUGCAAGCGAGCGCGGGUGCCGUGAGUGGUGCGUCGCUUUUUCCCAGCCAGGUUUGUUCAGUGCGCCUGCGCGAGGCCCUGGGUAUCCCCCUCCUCCUCAAGCGAGAGCUGCUGCUGCUGCUUCUCCCGCCGAGCGCUGAGGUGGAGGCAAUGGCGGCGGCGGAGAAAGCGGAGCCUCUAGCCGCGCCUUAAGGAAGCUCAACGUGGAGUACGUGGUUCUUUCCGCCCACCUCCCUAUUCUGUCUGCAGUGACUGGUCCCCAAGGUGGCAGCUGAGUGGAGAAUUUGAAGCUCUGAAGUUGCCCCAGCUCUCUUGUAGGAGACACCCACCUUUGAAUUGGCUUGCACUUCCAUCCCGUGAAGUGCCCAGAUCCUGCCGUGCUAGUUUCCACAGCCAUGGCAACGGAAGAGAAGAAGCCAGAUUCAGAAUCAACCAAAACACAAUCGACACCCUCCUCUUCAACCAAUCAGAGCAAGCCUGCCCCUGUAAAACCAAACUAUGCCCUGAAGUUCACGCUGGCAGGACACACCAAAGCUGUCUCAUCAGUGAAAUUCAGUCCCCAUGGGGAGUGGCUGGCCAGUUCUUCGGCCGAUAAGCUUAUAAAAAUCUGGGGCGCCUAUGACGGCAAAUUUGAGAGAACCAUAUCUGGCCACAAGCUGGGAAUCUCUGAUGUCGCUUGGUCAUCUGAUUCAAACCUCCUUGUAUCUGCCUCAGAUGACAAAACGCUCAAAAUUUGGGAUGUGAGCUCGGGGAAAUGCUUGAAAACCCUGAAGGGGCACAGCAACUACGUCUUCUGCUGCAAUUUCAACCCGCAGUCCAACCUCGUCGUCUCAGGAUCGUUUGAUGAGAGUGUGAGGAUAUGGGACGUCAAAACUGGGAAGUGCCUAAAAACUCUGCCAGCCCAUUCUGACCCAGUUUCAGCGGUGCAUUUUAACCGUGAUGGCUCCCUGAUAGUGUCCAGCAGCUAUGAUGGCCUCUGCCGAAUCUGGGAUACAGCAUCAGGACAGUGCUUGAAAACACUGAUUGAUGAUGACAAUCCCCCUGUGUCUUUUGUGAAGUUCUCUCCCAAUGGCAAAUACAUUCUAGCGGCAACGUUGGACAACACUCUUAAGCUUUGGGACUACAGCAAAGGAAAGUGCCUAAAGACCUACACAGGCCACAAGAACGAGAAGUACUGCAUCUUUGCCAACUUCUCGGUUACUGGUGGGAAGUGGAUCGUGUCUGGUUCAGAGGACAACCUGGUUUACAUUUGGAACCUCCAAACAAAAGAGACUGUACAGAAGCUGCAAGGGCAUACAGAUGUUGUGAUCUCUACAGCUUGCCAUCCAACGGAGAACAUCAUUGCCUCAGCAGCUCUAGAAAACGACAAAACAAUUAAACUUUGGAAGAGUGACUGUUAAAAUGCUUUCAGCAUCACUUCAGAGACCUCGGGGGGGGGUGUCUGGAAAACAUAGGGGUAUUUUGUGUUUGUGUUUGUUGAAGACCGAUUUGCCAGGAAACAAAGCAACCUUUGAGAAGAUGAUGUCUCCUAGUCUUGGCCCAAAGAACUUCUCUCUUUGGCUUGCCUCCAAACUGGGCAAAUAUAGUUUUUUGUGGGGGGGCGGAAUAAUAAAAAGGUUCUGUUUUCUUUGAUGAAUUGGCGGCUUUUCCUAAUGGGAAGCCAUUAACUAUUCUCUCCUUGGAGAGUAAGAUGGCAACUCUGUCUCCUAACAGCAACCACCGCCAAGUCAUAAACUUAGAAAGAAUCUGGAUAUGUUAACAUUUUUGAAGAAACAGAGAGAAAAAAGAUCCAGGCAGGUAGGCCCUAGUACAUAAAACUUUAAAUAAAAGAGCCAUGGUGGCACAUUACUAAAGGCAAUUUUUUAAACAUGAUCAAACAAGUGUUCUUUUGCCUUGCGCCUCUUCUCAUUUCCCAACCAUCCAAGUUUCCAGAACCUGUGAUUAAAUCACCCUUUCUUUGUCCUUCUGUGUAAUGCACCCUGUUCAUCAUGCUCCUUGACAGUAAAAGUUAUUCACGCUUUUCACCCCACCCCAAAUUAUCUGCUCAACCUCUGUCCUCCUAACUCCUUGCUUGUGGCUUUUUGUUUUUACUUUAAAAAAAAUAUUUUGGCAAAUUUCACAAACUCUGUACAGUUAUUUCAGUGUAAAAAACAAAAAAACACUUUUUUUAUUUUGGAAACCUCAUGGUAUGAGCUUGUAUUUGCUAAUGGUAUGGCUUUAUUCUACCUCCCUCCCUUUCGACACUGGUAUAUUCCUUUUCUAUCCUUUCUUACCUCUCCUCUGCACUUAUCAAUAUUUUACACAUCAAACCUGGUUACCAUAUGCACAAUAAAAAGGUGGGAUUUGGGGUGGGUGGGAAUCAUUUGGCCAAAAGUAUGCUGAAACUUUUUGAUGGAUCCAAAGCAAGAACCCGGAUUUCUGAGUCAGUGCCAUAACCACAAGUUUUCAUUUUCCUUUGAGUGCAACAUGAACAUCAAAGAGGAAGGUUAUGAUUUGGGCAUGUUGGACCUCAGUUAGAAAUGUAUAGUCAGGGGUAAUUGGAUUGUGGUGGAGAAAACUUCCUGUUUGCUGUUGAAUGGCAAGAAGACAAAUGAUGUAAUUACAUGAAAGAGUUGCAAAAGUUAUAAUCAUAAAGGGAAAUGCUCCCUGUCUGGCCAUGUGCACUUUCCUCAUAGGUUUAUUUCUGGAAUGGUUUUGAUUUCAGUUAAUUGAAUAAAUGGCUAGGAAAAGUAGGAAUGAAUUAAACAUUAGCAGAAUGAGAGAUUUAAAAUAUAAUAUGCCUACCUUAAAGGAUAUAUAUCGAAGCUAUUCUGCUAUUCUGGCAAGUACUCUUUUUUUUUUCUUUCAAAAAAGAAGAAUAUGCCAGUUGCUUGCCUUGGCAAAUUCUUGUCUUUUCAUUCUAUCUCCACCCCAUUUCUAGGAAUGGUGUCUCUUGUAUCCCAAGCUGCAUGAUGUUUUUGGAAAGGUAAAAUACAUUUUUCAUACAAAUUCCAUUACAUACUUUGGUCAAGGGCUAACUUUUUCUACAAACAGCCAAAUUGUGCACCACACAAAAUAGACUUCGUUACAUCCAAUUCUGGCUGUGUGCUGUAUGAUUCACAUUGUACCAUGAUUUUAAGGACGUGCCAUCAU